AGUGAUCAUGGCACUAGCAACAGUACGGAAGUAUCAGGGACUCUUUAAAUAUAAAGUACCUACGUAAUAGCUAUCCCAUGUAUAACUAUCACUUAGACCUACAUUUACUAAAUGCUACUUCAUGUCUUGAGUAAUAUAACUGUGACGAGUGCAAAAUACAUUGUUGCAUCUAAAUUGUCUGGACUUGGCUCAUUCCUCGAUUUUUUAAACGGUGUUUAAUCUAAUUAAAGUGUUGUAAACGCUAAUUAAAUGACACCCCAGAUUGCCGUCUAUAUAAGCCCUGAGCCAGCGUUGAUAUGCGCUUUAGCCUGGUUAUUAGAUAUGGGGAAACGUAUUGCUAUUUCGAUCUUCGUGAUAUUCGCUGUGUUUGGUGUGAAGGAGAUAGAAAUGGUGCCUGAGUACUUGAAGUCAUUGAGUGGCAGUUUAAUAAAAGUCAUGAAGACUUGUGCAACUGAACUCGAGUUCACAGACGGCAUCAUGCUAGAUUUUUACCAGCUCUGGAAACAGAAUUAUGAGGCUGUGAGCCGAGACGCUGGCUGCGUACUACACUGUAUGAGUCUGAAACUGGACCUGUUUAACGUGGAUGGCAAACUGGAACACGGGAACACCAAGGAAUUCGUCAUGAAACACGGGGCUGGUGCAAAUGCAGCUACCCAAUUGGAGGACAUGGUACAAACUUGCCAUCAAAAUGUCAGUGAAAUGACAGAUGACUGUCUCCGUGUAUUAGAAUUAGCGAAGUGUAUUCGUGAAGGCAUACAUCAGGUCAACUGGCAACCGAAUGUGGAGGUGGUUAUUGAAGAAGUAUUAGCUGAGGUGUAA